AAACCGUUGAAAGAGAGUAGACUCGCAGACUUCCCCUUCCCCAGCAAGAAGCUGUUUUAGAGAGAGAGAGAGGGAAGGAGAUAGAAAUUCGUGUUUACCCAAACACCAAAAAUCAAAUUGACUAAUGGUCCCCCUCUCUGAUUGUUUCUAUUUUACUUUAAUCCGGUUUUUAUUGUUGACACUGGAAAUCAUUGACCGGACCCAAUUUCUGUGACUCGACAGCCAUGGGUUGCGCUGGAUCGCGGGAGAAAGUAGUUGGCAGUGGCUCAGAUACUUCAAAGAAGAUACGGAAACCAAAGCCAUGGAAGCACACAGAAGCAAUAACCAGAGAACAGCUAACGCAGAUGCGUGAGGAGUUCUGGGACACUGCUCCGCACUAUGGAGGAAGGAGAGAGAUCUGGGAUGCUCUCCGGGCUGCAGCUGAAGCUGAUUUGACUCUUGCCCAAGCAAUUGUAGACGGUGCUGGCGUUAUCGUUCAAAAUCCCGACUUAACAGUCUGCUACGACGAAAGAGGUGCCAAAUAUGAGUUGCCCAAAUAUGUUGUGAGUGAGCCUACAAAUCUGAUCCGCGAGAACUGAAACGAUAUCACAGUGACAGUAUAUGUGUAAAUCGACCUCGUGAUUCUUGUUUCUGAAUUCACCAUCCCAUUAAAUCCUGCUCAAUUGCAAAUUUUAAAUUUGUUGAACAUGUUGUAUGAAGCUCUUACCAUUUUUGUACAUACUUGCUUUGGGUGAUUAACCACAACCCCACCUAAGGUUCUCUCUUGCA